AUGGGUAUUCUUCUAAGCAAGCAUGACAAAUCGGAUAAUAAAAAAUCAACAUUAAAUGAGGUUAAAGUCUUACUUUUGGGACCUGGAGAAUCGGGUAAAAGUACCAUUGUAAAACAGAUCAAAAUUAUUCAUCAAGCGGGUUUUACUGUGGAAGAAUGUAUGUGUUACAAACCGGUUGUUUAUUGCAACAUUAUCCAAAGCAUGAUUGCAAUAAUAAAAGCGAUGGGAAAUCUAUACAUCGAUUUCCAGUCAGAUAAGCGGCAGGAGGACGCACGAUUGCUGUUUUUACGUGCAGUGAUCAGAACGAAUUUCAAAAUUUAUCCCCCGAAGUGUCUGGGGCCUUAA